AAACAAUAGAUAAACAACGAAAUUAAAUUCUAAAAACCAAAAGAUUAAAAGAGAAAUAGUCAUAUCACAGACACUGAAACAAUUUAAAUGUCUUGGAAGAAAUUAAAUUGUCAACCACAUGAUUUACAGUUAUUGGCUACGCUUUCGGGUGGUCAAAGUUUCAGAUGGACCCACAACACAGAAACAGAUGAAUGGACAGGCAUAUUCUCAAAAACAGUUUGGAAACUCAAACAGGCUGACAACUGUUUGUUAUACCAAGUACUAGGUAGUUUAUUGAACUUUCCAGAAAACAAUGGCAGUAAUAACAAAAAAACAAAUUUCAAAAAGUUGUUAGAAAAUUACCUGAGGUUAGAUUAUGAUCUCAAAGAAUUAUAUAAAGACUGGUCUAAUAAAGAUGAGCUAUUCAAAUCAGCUGGCCAACAGUUCUACGGAGUAAGGAUGCUUAGACAAGAACCUGUUGAAAAUCUUUUCUCAUUUAUUUGUAGCCAAAAUAAUCAUAUUUCAAGGAUAUCGAGUAUGGUGGAAAAGCUGUGCACAAAUUAUGGUGAAGAAAUCUGUAAGCAUGAAAAUACUGUGCAUUACUCCUUCCCUGAUAUUGAGAAAUUGGAGUGCCCAAAAGUUGAAACACAACUAAGAAACCUAGGGUUUGGAUACAGAGCGAAAUUCAUACAAAAAUCAGCCUCACAAAUAGUUGAAUGGGGUGGUGCAAAAUGGUUUGACGGUCUUCAGAACAUGAAGUACAAAGAUGCUAAAUGUGAACUCAUGAAAUUACACGGAAUCGGACCUAAAGUCGCCGACUGCAUUUGUCUUAUGUCACUAAAUCAUCUCGAAGCACUGCCAGUGGACACGCAUGUUUAUCAGAUAGCAGCCCAGAACUAUUUACCACAUUUACGAGGAAAGAAGAAUGUAACAGAAAAGAUGUACACAGAAAUCGGAGAUCAUUUUAGAACGCUCUAUGGUGAUAUGGCUGGGUGGGCUCACACUAUUUUAUUCUGCUCAGAUUUAAAGAAAUUCCAGCUUGGUGAUAAUUCUCAAGUAAAUGAAUGCUCAAAACCGAAAAGAAAAAGAAAAAAGUAAUACCUACAUUUAA